CGGCCAGGUAUUUCAUUGUCACUCGUCUUGGCGCUCUCGAACGUCGUCCGGUGCCGUCGCCAACUGAGAGAAUAUUAUAACACCGCCGCCGACGACGACGACGACGACGACGGCCGUUUCGAUAUCAGUAAAAAUAUAUAUAAAAAAAAAAACAUUGUUAUAAUAAUAUCGGUUUCUUUCCGUCCGGGUCGACCGCUACACCAAUACGUACUGCAACUCCGGCGAAGGCAAUCGUAAGAAAACAAAAAACCGUUAAGUCACUCGUUAUUUUCAAACGACUCGCAAAACACAAUAUUAUCAUACCUGUGGUGACCGGCUCGUGUUGUACCACACGAUGACUACGGAGACCGCCAAAUCGGUGUUCGCCGUCGAGGGACACCCGUGUUUCAAGUACAAGCUCAACGAUCCAAAGGCGUUUUGGAACGGUGGUGGUGCGGGCGUCGGAAUCGCCGGCAACCACCAAGUACUGCAGGCCACCGCGUCCACCGAACGAUUUUGGGAAGAAGAACCGGAAGAGGAGAUCAAGCGGAAGGUACAAGACGCCAAGAUCAAAUUCCACAAGGACAGACAGCUGCAGGUCAAGCACUUGCCCAGAAACGUCAGCGAGGAGGAAAUCAGAAAACUUUUAAUCGAAUUCCCUGUUGAAAGCAUUCACAUCAGCACGACAUCCGGCAGCAGCAUGGCCCGAGUGACGCUAGAGGAUCCAGAAUUAAGAAUGGAGGAAUGGGAUUUCCAUAAGCAGUUUGUGUUGAGAGGACAACGCAUACCAGUUUCCCCGACUCCCACUGAAAUGCUCUUGUGCGUGGCUAGGUUACCGUAUAACUACACGGAGGACCAAUUCACCCGGUUAGUGCAAAUGUACGGUGAGGUGCGCAAGACGUUCUUGAUAAUCAGCGAGAAGACCGGUGAGAGCAAGGGUUAUGGAUUCGUCGAGUAUUUAAACAAAGAGUGCGCGAUCACGGCCAAAUGUGGUCUAGAUGGCAAAGCGAUCGACGACUCAACACUGGUCUGUGAUUGGUUGGAUGGCAGUCACAUCACGUACGAAUCGCUUCACUCCAAAUGCCUGUAUGUGGACAACUUGCCCAAGUCAUUCAGAGACAUGAGCGAAUUCCGGAAAGUGUUCGCCAAAGUUGUGAACCCGCCAUAUUGCCAGAUUGCACUUAAAAAUGGUUGUCCGUUAGACUGGGGUCUAGUCGAGUAUAACACAGCUGAAGAUGCAGAACGAGCGCAAUCAGAGUUAAAUGGACAUACACUGAGAGGCCAUAAUAUUCGCAUUACGUACUAUAUACCCGGAGUCAGAGCUAUAAAUUUGUUUUUAAAACUGUUGAACGAACCGGUAAUGAGUAAAUCUAAAUGUGGCGGACUCUUACCAGAUCCUCCUCAAGAAGUUAUUGAGCAAUCGUUACAAAACCUUUCCAAACAAAAUCCAAUUUUUGCACAAAAUCUUCAAAAUAUUAUUUUUAAUCAAAUCAAAGCCGCUCAAAUGGGGUCUGAACUACAAGAUUUUAACGAUUCAACACUGAGAUCACAUUUACCAAACAACAAAGCUCCACCGACUAUGUUACAUUCUCCAACAAGUUUAUCUUAUAUGGGUGCUACUCCAGAGGCUUACGGAACAAGGUUAUUACCUAGCCCCCCUGUUGGAGAAGUCCCGCCACAUUUAAAUGCUGGAUUAUUUGACGGAGAUUUAUCCAAUCCACUACUGGCUAAUUAUUAUAGAGAAUUAUUAACCGCUCAGAUUUUAGCUGGUACACAAAAAGCUAAUGGAUUUGGAGGUUUGACUGCCAACCUUAAUCCUGCGUUCGUUGAUACUGUACAACAAACUACAAAUAACAAUAAUAGUUUAAAUCAAAUUGAUGCUGUACAAAAAGUUUAUCAAACCCAAAAUUUACAAAAUAUUGGCCAACAAUUAGCUCAACAAAUUUCUCAACAACAAAUAGCUCAACAACAGAUAGCCCAACAACAGAUGAAUCAACAAUUAGUUCAUCAACAACAACAACACAGCAACAUUGGUCAACAUAACAUAAGUCAACAACAAAAUGUUGUUAUUAACAUUUAUGGAGGUGUUAACACUACUACACCUCCAGCUACGCCAACUACACCUACUUAUCCGUUUGGCUCAUCAUUGUCUCUCAACUUGGAUCAACCAUGGCCAAAAAAUACUCAGACUUCAACAGCUGAUUCAUAUCUAGCCAGUCCUAUUGCUGUACCUGAAAAAUCGUCUUUGAGUUACUCUCCAUCAUCUACUUGGUCUUCUAUGCAGAGCAUUGCUUCGACUCCAUCGCCACAAUCUAUGUAUUCUCCCUUAGCCCCAAAUAUUUGGACACCCACUUCGUCAACAUCAUCGUUGUCAAAUCAACAUGAAACAGCACGUGGUCAAAAAAGAGGCAUUCCACCAUCGCCUGAACUCAGUCCUGAGGGAAUGUAUAUUGGACAGCAUUCACAAGGAAUUGGCGGCCACUAUGCUGAUUCCUAUUUGAAACGUAAUAAGAAAAAUUAAACUAUUCCAACUUAGCUUUCUAUGUUUUAUCUAAAACGUACAUAAUUUUUAUGUUAAUUUCAAAAUCCAGGACUCAAUAAUUAUUUUGUAUUCUUAUUUUAAUGUUUAAUUUAAUUAUUAACAAAAAAAAAAACAAUUAUAGAUUCGCUUCUGUUCGUGUCUUAUGAGAGCAUAAUGCAAACUCUUUAAUAAGAAACAAAAACAAAACCCUUAAAUGGCAUGCGUGCAACUUAUCUAUUUCUGUUUUCUAUAUAGCAUCUACAUAUCUAUUUUUGAUUUAUUAAAAAGUCCUGGACUAAUUUAUUAUUUUCAAUAUUUUUGUUAUGACUACAAUUUAAUGUUGACUGAAAUGAUAUGAUAUAAUGUCAUAUUCAUAUAUUUAUAUGUAUUUUUUUUUUUUUUAUUGGUAUUCUUGAUUUAUUACAAUUGUCUAAAUUAACUUAUUUUUAUCUUCUAAAGUAUUAAUUUUAUGUUCAUGAAUUUUUCAAAGAUGCUUCAAAUGGACUUGUUAACUUUAUUUAUUUAUAUAGGGAUCGACACACUGAAUGGUACUUCUGAUUUAUUAUGAAAGAUAAUUCAUUUUAUGUUUGAUAAUGAGUUAAAUUUGUCAUAUUAGUCUUCUAUUUUUUAUUUAUUUUUUUUUUUUUUUUAGUAUUUUUAGUAUUUUUUUUUUUUUUUUUAUUGUAAUCCAAACCAAUUAGUAUAUAUUAUUUUAAUAUAAAUAUCAAGUCUUAAAUAAUAUAUUUAUCAAUCUUAAUAAGAAAUAUUUCUAAUUUUUAACUUUCAUUUCAUUGGGUUAAUGCGCAGGAUCUAUUGGAUCAACAAUUCCUCAAUCCCCACUAUAAUUUACUUAUUAUAAUAUUAGGAAUAAUUUAUAACUAUAUAUUAUGAACUACUUAAUAUAAUAUAUGAACAUAUAUGUAUUUUAAAUUUGUAGAUGUUUAAACUGUGAUUGUACAAUUUAAUAUUAUCAAAUUUAUUGAUAAACCAAAGUUAUUGUAUUUUAUAAUGCUCAUUUGGUCUUAACUACACUCAUUUUAAUUUUGUUCAAAAUAAUGUUCUAUUAGAUGUUGACAAUCGGAAACAAAAAAAAUAAUAAAAUAAAAUAUUUUUAUCCAAUCAUCCUAAUUAUUUAUAUUAAGACUGCAUAAAUAUGAUAAGGGUAUGCAAUUUAAAUUGCUAUUAUUACAUAUUUUUAAAAACUUAAAAUGUUUCUAAGAAGUAAAUUAAUGUAUUUGUUUUUAUUUUAAGGCUGAUUAGUUAACCUGCUUUUUUCAUUUUUCAAAAAAACAUCUUGGAGUAGGCAGUGUUUUUUUUUAUUUAUUUAUUUAUUUUUAUGUAUAAAAUCAUUUUUGUAUGUUACUUAUUUCAUCAACUGUUAUCUUAAAUUUAUAUAUUUUUUUUAAUUCUUUGUAUUGUAUAAAUAGCAUCCAAGCUAUGUUAAGCUUCAUGUACCAAGUACAAGUUUCCGUUACAUCUUUUAAUGUUUAAUGUACAUAAAUUGAUCUUAUAAUAUUUUUAAUAUUAUAAGAGAGUACAUUAUUUCCCUUAUUGUGUUACUUUAUUUUAAUAACAUAUCUUUUGCAAAAUUAUUAUCAUCAAUUUUAUUUUUAAGCUUUUAAUUGUUUGAUAUAUCAAAUAAUAUUAAUUAUUUGUAUGUAUAUUUUUUAACCAAAUUUUAUGUUUAUAUAUCUUGUGUAUUAUUUUUUUUUCCAGUACUAUUCUUAGAUUGUUAUAAAACUACUUGAUGUUUACAAUUUUUAUUUUUUUGUUUCCACAUAUAUGUUAAACUGUUAACAUUUUUAUUAGUAUUAUCUGUACAACCUAAAAUAAUAUGAUUAUUAUGACAGUAUACCUAAUAAUAUGUAUUUAAAUAGUUUGCCUAUGGUUAAUUUAAUUAUCAUAUGCUUUUAUUUGAUGUUUACAAUAAUUAACAAUUUCAAAAAAAGGCUGACUAGUAUAUUCAUAUGAAAUCAUUAAUUUUCCAUUAAUUUAUGUACAACACAAAUGUGAUUUAUUAUCUGCUAAAAAGAUUAUAGAUCUUCAGUCUUCGUAAAACUUUUUUUCAUUAUAAUAUUGUUAUCUUAACAUUCUUACGUUAUCUAAUUAUAGAAUAAUAUUAUUCCGUUGAUAUUUUAUUAUCAAUGUUCUUAUUCUUUACUAUGACCUUAACAUAGGUAGAAUAUACAUCAAUGUGAUUUUAUAUACAUAUAUUUGUCUUUUUUUAAGCUGAUUGAUAUAUAUAUAUAUAUAUAUAUUUGUUAGCGUAUCGCUUAUUUUUUUUUUCAAACAAUAUUGAAUUUUAAUUUUUUUUUUUUAUUAAUUUAUAAUGUGAUUGUUCAUUAAGCAGAAUUUUUUUAUAUACAUACAAUAUACAUUAUUUUUUUUUUCUUGAUACUUUUCUUUUUAUAGUAUUGUAUUUUAAAGAAAAUAUGAGGAAUUUAUUUGACUUAA